GCUGCAAUGUAGGACGUUUGAACAAUUAUAGUAGUUUGAAAGAAAUUUUACACCUGAAGAAAAUAUAAUUAUUAUUGGAUUUUUAUUGAUAGUAUUUGUUCUUGACACUCAGUUAAGAGAACUUUGCAGAAAAAAAAUGUCAAUUUUUUACAAUGCAAGUGGAAAGAAUAAUGAAUUUGAAAUAAGCAUGGUGAAUAUUGAGAAUUCAUACGCACAGGACAAUAGUGAACUAGGCAUAAACGACACUCAAAAUUCUAGCUACGGAUCCGAAUUCAAACAUCCUCCUGGUGUACUUGCGAUCUACAUCAUAGCUUACAGCACUGCUUUCUUAUUCGCACUUUUCGGUAACUUAGUUGUAAUUGUUGUAGUACUGAAAUACAAAUGGAUGCAUACAGUGACAAAUUUCUUCAUCGUCAACUUGGCUAUAGCUGAUAUACUUGUAGCGAUAUUUUGUGUUCCAAUCACACUGCUGACACAUAUAUUUAUUGAAUGGAGAUAUGGAGCUGUCAUGUGUAAGGUUACUCCGUACCUUCAAGCUGUUUCUGUCUGUGCAUCUGUGAACACUCUGGCAGCAAUAGCUGUAGACAGGUACCUAGCCAUUUGCUAUACAUUCAACUAUAAAAUGAAGUGGAAAACAUCCAAAUGUAUCAUGUUUGCUAUAUGGAUAUUUUCCCUAAUCAUCUCGAUACCAAUGGCUUUGUUUUAUCAACGAUAUGUACAAAGUGGUAGCUUACUGUAUGUAUGUGGUGAAAAUUGGGAAAAUAAGUUUCUAGAAAAAAUAUAUUUUGUUGGAAUUUGUAUUUGCUGUUAUGCUGUGCCAUUAGUUCUGAUAAUCAUUUGCUAUUCAUUGAUCGGAUUUCGUGUUUGGAACAGGAACGCCCCUGGCGUUUACAAGUCCAAUGGAGUAAUUCACAAGUCGAAGGUCAAGGCAGUGAAGAUGUUAACUGUUGUUGUUGUACUGUUUCUGUUUUCCUGGCUACCGCUUUAUAUCAUUAAAUUCUUAAUAUAUUUCCAAAUGGAUGAAUAUGAUAACCUCGACUUCGUCCGUUUACUUAACAAUUACAUUGUACCAAUUGCUCAAUGGCUUGGACUUUCUAAUAGUGGAAUAAAUCCAAUUAUAUAUUGCUUAUUCAGCAGAAAAAUUCGGAUUCGGAUUAAAAUGAUGGUGAAAUGUUGUAGAUAUAGAUUUUAUGAUGACAAUGCAGCACUUGAAAUAAACAAACAAACGAAGAGAUUUUCCAGCACACGUUACUUUUCUGUUGACUAUACAAAUGGUCAGGUGGUACUAAGACCGCACAAACACCGGAAGUCAGGCUCAAAGAAACAAACUAAUAUAUACGAUUAGGUGGUAAUGAGACCAUCUUGUAACUUCUUUGAUAUAAACCUUAA